AUGAUUUGCUUAAGUUGGAAUUACCGGGGGCUUAGGAACCCCCGGACAAUUCAUGAGCUUCUCCAACUAGUGAAGACUAAGACCCCACAUCUGGUUUUUCUUAUUGAAACCAAGUGCUCAAGUGAAAAGAUGGAAACAAUUCGAGUUCAAAUGGGUUCUGACAACUGUUUUGCUGUAAAAAGUGUGGGAAGAAGUGGUGGUUUAGCCCUCUUGUGGAAUUCAAGUAUAGAGGUGAAGGUGGAUACCUAUACUAACUGGCACAUUUCAGUUUAUGUAAAAUUGCCAAAUUCUGAUAAGUCAUGGCUUCUAACGGGUUUCUAUGGACAUCCUAAUACUGCAAAGAGGUCUGAAACUUGGCAAAUUCUUAAAGCUAUAAAACCAGCACCACAAGUCUCGUGGAUGUGCUUUGGUGAUUUUAAUGAAAUAACUUGCUUAAGUGAAAAAUAUAGGGCAGCUAUAAGACCAUAUAAGCAAGUUAGGGACUUCAGACAAACCUUAGCACAAUGUGAGCUAAGUGACUUCGGUUUUCGGGGGGAUAAGUAUACCUGGGCAAAUAAUAGAGAGGGAAGCAAUUUCACCAAGGAGAGACUUGACAGAGUACUUGGGAACUCCUCCUGGAUUGACAUGUUUGAAGACCAUUCAGUGCAGCACCUAGCUACUUAUUCAUCAGACCACAAGCCUUUAUUGAUAACCUUGCAAACAAAGAACAUCAGGCCAAGGAAAAAAAGAAUUUUUAGAUAUGAAGACAAAUGGAGAACAAAGGAAGGUUGUGAAGCACUAAUCAAAAGAUCUUGGAAGUACAUUCGAGGGUCCCUAGAUAAUAUUGGCAGUACAUUGCAAAGCUUGAGAAACUACAAAACCAGCUUGAAUCAGUGGAGCAAAGACCAGAACAAGAAAGACCAAGAAGCCCUAGAGUCAAAGGUUAAGCUGCUCAACCACCUAAAAGACCAGAAUGUAGGCCAGCAUUAUGCUGAAAUCAGAGCUAUUCAAAAGACAGUGGACCAGUUACUAGACUAG